AUGGAAUAUCAAAAAUGCUUUUAUCAAGGAUGUAAUGAGCUGCCUUUCGGCUAUUGUGAUUGCAAUGAAUAUUAUACAAUGUUCUGCCCAUCUCAUAUACGAGAGCACAUGUCAAGUGAUGAAAGGAAGCACCGUUUCAUUGAUUGCUAUCUCAAUGUCCCAACAGAAUCCCGAAAUAUAAUUAUAAAAAGACUUUGCGACAUAAAAUCAGAUAUAAGCUCUAAUAUUCGAUAUUUAACUGCCAAACGAAAUCUUCUUAUUGAAACAAUUAUUCACAGUUUUGAUAUGUCUCUUAAUUCUUUGAAAAAUCUAGAAAAAUACUGCAAUGAAACUAUAAAAUAUGUUUCUCAAAGCAAAAUCUCGAUUUUAGACCCCUCAAAUAUUACAAGUAUCCUUAAACUCAACCCAUAUGAAAUUGAAGAAAAACUAGAAUCUUGGGAUAUUAUAAAGCCUGAUUUAAAUUUUGACCAAAUAAUAAAAUUCAUUGAGCAAUUUUUUAGGAAUAAAACAUAUGAGUUUACUUAUGAAAAAUCGCCUAAUUUGAUAUUUUUUCAAUCACAAACUAAAAAUUUAAUAAGCUACAAUGUUGACGAAAUGAACGAAAAUAAAAUUUUAGAUGCCUUGAGUUUAACGAAUAAUAUGGACUGGAGUGUAUCAUUAUGUAAAAUACCAAGCCAAAGACUAUUUUGUUAUGGCCGUUGCUGCGGAAAUUGCUUUACUUUUAUUAUAGAGAAAAAUAAAACUAUAAGAGAUGUUGCUUUAGGAAAAGGAAAUUCAUUGCUGAAAACUGUAUUUAUGGAUAGUUUUGUUUAUGCAAUAGGCGGAGAAAAAAAUUUAGCUGAAAAAUAUAAUAUAGAAACAAAUAGCUGAGAGGAAUGCUCCACCCUUCCUUUUGGAAAUUAUAGUAGAAGUGUCAGCAUAGUCUAUAACAAUAAAAUUUUAAUAGCAGCUAGAGACAUGGAAAAUAUAAUUAGCUAUGAUAAACGUGAAGAUCAAUAUUUUCAGGUCCAGAAUUUAGUUUUAUCAAAGGGUUUAAAUAAAUGAUUAUUGACAGAUAAUAAAAGAGUUUAUGCAAUUGAACUAACAGCUGGAAUUUAUGAAUGCGAAAUAGAUAAUUUAAUGAUUUGGAAACGUGUAGGGGAUAAUCAAGUUAAAGGCAGAUAUAUUACUUCAUUUGAUGUGCAGUAUCAAAAUUCAUUUUAUCUUAUUAAUAGCAGUUAUGAUCUUAUUAAAUUCAGCCUUUCAACGAAAUCACUUGAUGUAGUAAAAACAAUUAUAAUCUAA